GUGAGAUAUUUGUCUAUCAAUUGAGUUUGUUUACUCUCGGUCUCCGUCAUUCUGAUACCUAGCCUUGAGCGCAUACCGGCAGUGGGUGAGUUUCGGUCCGGAAGCCCGAGUCGACCGCACCGAGGUUUACUGUUCCCACUCACUUUUUCUGAGAGGGAUUGCUCUCAUGAAAGCCGCCGCCAUCUGGAUGCCGCUCAGCCAGGUACCGUGAUCUCGGGAGUCGGCGGAAACACUUGUUGACAGUGCUUUUGACUACGAGAAUGCUCUCGAGAAUCGGCGUUCAUGCGUGAUCAACUCAUGAGGCUAGAGGAGUGAGGAUUAGCAGUCCUUGACGCGGUAAACCAGCCAGAGUCUACGGUCUUUUGUUCAACGAGGUACCCUAUCGCUCUUUUACCGCCUCGUUGCCCCGACAAGUCUACCAAACACUGGCGACAACGAACAUAUGCAUGUUCAAUCAGCCAAGAAAAGCAAACAUUGAGUAAAUUUUCACCGGAAUGUCUACCCGCAUCGUUAUGAAAGGCCCAAAACACCGCCACGAUGGCCAGAGCCCGCCCAAAUGAUUCUGGCCGUUGAACAAUCGGUAAUUUCUUGAGUUUGCAUCAUGGUCGUGCUUUGAUCUGUCGACUUACCUCAUUUCUAGUGCUUCUCUUUGUCCUACUAAAUUCUAUGCGCCGUCUUGGCGUCAGACACAUGUUCCACCAAGACACGAUAGCGAAUCACUCAAUGGCCGUUAUGAACAACACCCACUUUCCACCUUUUGCGAAGUUCCGAUACCAUUGGCUCCAUCGCCAGAUUGCCCAAACUUCUAUACCAUGUCAAGCAACAGAUCACCUGCUUUGUUCUUGUUGUUCGGGUGGCAUGGGAUUACCUACUGCGUCUUACCAACACCCAAACACCCGCAGGCGUCAAAUCAUCCGUCUUUGAACCUUGCGAUUUACCUCUGGGAUGCAACCGACGUAAUGCGAGUUGACACCUUCAGGAUGUCCAUUAAUGAUGAGUAUAAAAAUUGUCGUUAAGAGGAAAGGUAUCAGAUGUCCCCUCCUCACACACGGCCUAUAUCGGAAGUACUUAGAUUCUAUAUCGACAUCUGGCAUUCCUUCGAUAACCGUUGAUACCGAAGUUACGCAGUCGUCCCUCCGCUCCAAGUCAACCCAGCUUCCAGAAGCAAUGAGCAAGCCACCGGCAAUAGUCAUCAACAACACAGAAGAACUCUCAGCUGAGGACCUACUCUCGGACCUAAAUGAUCUUCUGAUCAACGACCGGAAAGAUGCGCGCCGUGACAGGCACCCAGCCGGCUCGCAGUACGACAUGAGUUUCAGACACGCCGACGACUAUGGAAAAAAGUUCCUGGAAAUACCCAAACCCAGUAACUCAGCUUCGGAUAGUGAGGCGGCUCGAGCUUACAGCAGCACGAAGGCUUCGAGCGAGGCCCAAUGCGAAUCAACGGCGACCGAAUCAAUCGACCGCAAUGGACAAAAACUGGCUGUCCAGAGUGCGCCACGUCUUUCCGAAUCCGAUCGCAAGACUGACGUCCUCGGUUUGGGAGUCUGAGCUAAAAAAUCACCCACGACUGAUGUCAAAAAGACCCCCAUUGACUAUCGUGAUUCGCAAAGCCGACGACAAUCCGAAAAUCAUCACGGGUCUGCUACGGAAACCCCCCAUCAUGCCAUUAGUUGGGCUUCCUUUCUUUAGGAUGAAAUUGUGUAUAUACCCAAACCCCAGACCAAUCCAUAUGGAGCUUGACAUGCUGACAACAGAGGCGAACGGCCCUCCCAGUAAGAGAAUUGUGUCGUUAUCUGGUACCUAAACCAUAGUAAUUCAGCAUCCAUCAGCAACACUGGAGCUCCUAGAAAGGAAGGCAUCUGCAAGGUUCACGACUCAUACUGCGAAUAGCUCCGCAACGCAGGUUCUUAACACAUUGGACUGAAAAUAACGUCGACCUUUUGAUUUGGUGCGAUGUCAUUCGCGAGACCGAUUAUGA